AUGGCUGAUCGGGUGCUCGUCAUCGGCAGCGGCGGGAGAGAACACGCUCUGGCCUGGAAGCUGGCCCAGUCCCCACAUGUAAAACAAGUGUUUGUCGCUCCAGGAAACGCAGGAACAGCUGACAAUGGGAAGAUUUCAAACUCAGCUGUGUUAGUCAGCAAUCAUACUAUUGUUACCCAGUUCUGCAAAGAUCAUAACAUUGGACUUGUGUUAGUUGGGCAAGAAGCUCUUCUGGCAGCUGGGAUUGUUGACGACUUGAGAGCAGCUGGAGUUAGAUGUUUCGGGCCAUCUGCAAAAGCAGCCCAGCUGGAGUCCAAUACCAGUUUUGCCAAAGCCUUCCUGGAUCGGCACGGGAUCCCAACAGCGAGAUGGAAAGCCUUCACCAAUCCCCAAGAGGCUUGCAGGUUUAUAACCAGCACAGACUUUCCUGCUCGAGUUGUACGGGCGAGGGGCCCUGCUGCCAGAAAAGAAGUGACUAUAGCAGCCAGCAAAGAGGAAGCCUGCAGAGCUGUCCAGGAGAUUAUGCAGGACCGAACGUUUGGAGACGUGGUUGUCGUUGAAGAACUUCUUCAAGGAGAGGAACUUUCUUGCCUGUGCUUCACGGAUGGGGUCACUGUUGCCCCCAUGCCCCCAGCCCAGGCCCACAAGCGCUUACUGGAUGGCGACCAGGGUCCAAACACCGCAGGGAUGGGAGCUUAUUGCCCAGUGCCUCAGGUCUCAGAAGUUCUCCUGGAGAAAAUCAGUGAUGCUGUCCUGCAACACGUCAUUGACAGCAUGAGAGAAGAAGGAGCAGCAUAUGUAGGUGUGCUGCAAACAGGAUUGAUGCUUACCAAAGAUGGUGUGAAAAUUCUAAAUUUUAAAUGUCAGUUUGGUGACCCUCAGUGCCAGGUAAUUCUGCCACUGCUUAAAAAUGAUUUCUACGAAGUGAUUCAAGCAGCGAUUGAYGGCAAACUGUGUAGCUUCAUGCCAGCCUGGUCAGAAAACAGGACAGCUGUGUGCGUGGUCAUGGCGAGCACAGGCUACCCGGGAGCCUAUGACAAAGGCAUGGAGGUAACAGGGCUGCUGCAGGCCAAGGAGCUGGGGCUCCAGGUGUUCCACGGCGGCACGGCGCUCCGGGACGGCCGAGUGGUGACGAGCGGCGGCAGGGUGCUCUGCGUCACGGCCGUGCAGCAGGACCUGGCGAAAGCGCUGGGAGAGGCGAGCCGGGGAGUAGCGGCCAUUCGCUUCACGGGCGCCACGUACAGGACGGACGUGGGCCAGCGCGGCCUGCGGCUCCUCGAGCACUCCCUGUGCGUAAGCAAAGGCUGUCAUUCAGAAGCAAGAGGGUUUUCUGGUUUCUUUGACUUGAAAGCAUCUGGUUACGAUGAUCCUAUCUUGGUCUCUCGAACCAAAGGCCUUGGACCUAAACUGCAGAUUGCACAAGCGUGUAGGAAACACGACACUUUAGGCCAGGACCUGGUCGCCAUGUGUGUCAAUGACAUCCUGGCUCAAGGAGCAGAGCCCCUCUUCUUUCUCAGCUAUUUUGCCUGUGGCAAACUUGCUGUUGAAGUGACUCAAACAAUCACAGGAGGAAUGGCCGAAGCUUGCAGAAAUGCAGGAUGUGCUUUUCUGGGCAGCGAGGUGGCUGAGCUGAGCGGCCUCUAUUCCUCYGGCGAGUACGACCUGGCCGGCUUCGUGGUCGGCGCCGUGGAGCGAGGGCAGGGGCGCGUGGGGCUCCAGAGGGCCGGUGAGGAGGACGUGCUCAUCGGGCUGGCCUCCUCCGGGCUCCACGGCCGCGGCUGCGGCAUCGUAAGGAAGAUUCUCCUCAUGUCCUCCUUACAUUACUCCUCUCCAGCGCCGGGAGGAUGUGGCGGCAAGACUCUAGGAGAGGUGCUGCUGGCUCCAGCCAACGUGUACAGCCCAUCGCUGCUUGCUGUCCUUCGCUCGGGGCACGUGAAGGCCUUUGCCCUCCUCGCAGAGGAGGGCUUGCUGGAGGGCAUCGCCAGAGCCCUGCCAGAACACGUCGGCGCGCUCCUCGAUGCUCUCAGUUGGAAGAUUCCUGACAUAUUUUGCUGGCUCUGCAAAGAGGGAAACCUCUCUGAGGAGGAGAUGGCUCAGACGUUUAACUGUGGCAUCGGGGCAGUGCUGGUUGUGCAGAAGGAGCUGGCUCAACACGUUCUCAAGGACAUACAGAGGCACGAGGAAGCCUGGCUCAUCGGCAGAGUGGUUGCCCCGUGUCACACAGGUUCUCGCGUCAAAGUGGAAAAUCUUCUUGAAGCUCUGCAGCUGAGCAGCCCCCAGCGUCCGCUGAACAACACUGAUGUGGAGAGUCCACAGCAGCCCAGAAAGAGCAAGGUUAAAGUGGCUGUUCUCAUCUCUGGAACAGGCACAAAUCUUGCAGCCCUCAUCAGUUAUGCCAGGGAACCAGGCAGCUUUGCUGAAGUUGUCCUCGUCAUCUCCAACAAAUCUGGGGUAGAAGAGCUACGAAACGCGGCACGUGCUGGAAUUCCCACCAGGGUGAUCGAUCAUAAGCUGUACGGGAGCCGCUCUGAAUUUGACAGCACAAUUGACCACGUUCUUGAGGAAUUCUCUGUUGAACUGAUAUGUCUUUCRGGAUUCAUGAGAAUUUUGUCCAGCCCUUUUCUCAGAAAAUGGAAAGGGAAAAUUUUGAAUGCUUCCCCAUCGCUUUUCCCAGCAAACAAAGGUGGAAAUGCCCAGCAGCAAGGCCUGCAACCGGGCCUCAAAGUCACCGGCUGCACAGUGCAUUUUGUCCUGGAGGAAUCUAGUCCCAAAGCAGUGAUCCACCAGGAGCCCGUGGCUGUGAAGGCGGAUGACACCGAGGAGACCCUGUCGGAGAGGGUGAAGGAAGCCGAGUGCCGGGCUUUUCCCAUUGCCCUGCAGCUGGUGGCCAGCGGGGCCGUGCGCCUGGGAGCGGGCGGCAGAACCUGCUGGAAACGGCAGGGCCAAAGCCCGUGUCCCUGGCACGAGGAGAGCGCCGGCGCCUCCUCUCGCCUGGCCCCGGAGCCAGGAGGCGACACCUCCAUGUAG